AUGUGUUUUGUUUGUUUUUAAUUUUUGAAAAUUAAAAGUGUAUAAUAUUUUUAUUUCUAAGUAAAAAGUUCUUCUAUUAAGUGUAUGUUUUAUAAAUGAGAUUUAUAUUUAACCCAGAAUGGAGACAAAAGUUCACAGAUUUAGAUUUUACAACCCUAAGCCAGUACCAAUUCAGUGUGUUUCUUAUGACAAAAAUAAUAAACUCUUAGCUUUGGCAAGAAAAAAUGGAAGUAUUGAAAUAUGGGAUGUUAAUUUUGCUCCAUUUCUAAUAAAGUGUAUUCCUGGUGGUGAAAAUUCUUCAGUUGAAGCUUUAGCUUGGGUUAAUGAAAGGUUACUUUCUACGGGCCUCGGGGCUGCAUUGGUAGAAUGGGAUCUUGAAAACUCCUGUAUAAAGAAAAGUGUAAUGCUAACAGGAUAUGCUGCAUGGUGUCUAGAUGUAGAUGAGGCAAGAACUAUUGUUGCAGUUGGUACAGAACAGGGUUAUGUAAACAUUUAUUCUGUCAGCAAUGGUGAUAUUGUAUACAAGAAAUUGUUUGAUAAGCAAGAAGGCAGAAUAUUAUGCUGUAAAUUUAAUAAGCUUGGAAAUACGCUUGUUACAGGAUCGAUAAACACAAUUCGUGUGUGGGAUGUUAACACUGGUCAUGCAACAUGCCGAAUUUCUUGUACUCGAAGAGGUGAAGAAGUAAUAGUGUGGAGUAUUGGUAUUUUAUCUGAUAACACUAUUGUGUCAGGUGACAGCUAUGGUCGUCUUACCAUUUGGGAUGGUACUGUUGGAGAUCAGAUUGAAACUUUUGUAACUCACAAGGCAGAUAUUUUGACAUUAGUGAUAUCUGAUGAUGAAAAUUCCCUUUACUGCAGUGGAGUCGAUCCUGUUAUAACAAUGUUUAAGAAGGUUGAAAACACUGAUAUUCCAACUGAGUAUCGCUGGGUAAAAAAUAUACAACGAAAUAUACAUGAACAUGAUGUCAGAGCACUUGCAAUAAACAAAGAUAGAUUAAUAUCAGUAGGUGCUGAUGGGUAUGUCACACUAUCUAGUUACCCUCCAAAAAAGGUAAUGCGGAUACCACCAAUGCUACCAAUGCCUCGAACAGCUGUAUCAGCUGCGAAGAAAUUAUUAUUAUUAAGAUUUAAUAAUCAUCUUGAAAUAUGGAAACUUGGCUCUUAUGCUGUGAACAAUAAGGGUGAUGUCAUAAUCAAUACAGGAAUGAAACAACAUAGCGAAGAAAGCAAUCAACAGUUAGAAAAAGAUACAGAAAUUCCGUUUAUAAAAAAACAGCAUUAUGAAGCAAGACAAAGAACAUUACAAAUUUCAGAAGAACCAAUCAAAAUUUCCUCAAUACAAACAAAAGGAAAGAAAGAUUUAGUAUGUUGUAAUAUUUCACCGAAUGGAGAACUGAUAGUGUAUUCUACUGAGAGUGAUGUCAGAAUGCUUAAGUUGGAUGAAGACCAGGGCAACAUAUCUCUACAGAAGUUACCCGUAAACGAGUUGAAAUGUUGUGAUCGAGUGACAUUUUCGGAGGACUCAAAACUGAUGAUCGCGACGAAAGGCACUGAUGUAUACAUUAUGCUGGUCGAUGCGGAUGUCGGUGCGACCCUGAUACAGACCAUAUCUACCAAAAAGCACUUGAAAAAUGGCUCGAUUCUGCACAUCGCCCUUUCGAAACAUUCUCAAAAUGGACUAUACAUUGCUGCAGCGGAUUCUAAAGGCGAAAUUGCUGUUUGGGUUAAACGUGCGAAAAAGUUUGAAUAUCUACUUAAUUUACCCAAGUAUUCGUUUGUACCAUCUGCUUUGGUCAUACACAAUAUGAUGCUUAUCGUGACUUAUGUAGAUCAAGAGGUAAUUCAAUACGAUCUCGAUCAGCAAAAGUUGUGUAAAUCGAACACUGACAAUGUGACAUUUUGGCGCGGACGCAAAAUGGCCGCCAACGACAUAAUCCCGCAUCCAGCACGGGAUGCUUUAUUGUUCACCGAUGAGACCGCUGUGUGGGUGCUGGAUAGACAAAAGAUGUCAGAAAAUUAUGAACCCCAAGCAAAAAGGAAACAAAAAGGUGCCCACUCGAAUGGAGUGAAUAUAAUGCCAGUUAAGUAUUUGUCCGGGUUCCAUUGGCUGGGCGAUAAUGAGGCUGUAAUUGUUGAGACGUUACCUGAGCAAAUUUUGAUGCAAUUACCUCCCGUUUUGAAAAAGAAGACACACAAUAUGGUGGAAUCAAAAUAAAAAUAUUUUUCUAAAA